AUGAGCGCUGCUACACAAAUCAGCAUGGAAGAGGUAAUGGUGGACCACAGAGGCCGAGCAGAGCCGGUAGAUGGCAUGGACGAGGAGAGUCUGUCGAACAUCUCGAACAAACCACCUCAGAUCUCAACAACGCCUUCGACUAGCCCCAUACUUGACACGAGCGCCAACGCAACGAGCAGCAGCGACGAGGAAGAAGAAGACAGCAGCCACCGCCUCAACAACCGACAGCAGGACCGGCAGGCGGGCGAUGAAGAGUCUUCGGAGGAUGGCGACGAGGCCAGCUCGUUCAUGAACGCCGACCUCCAGGCCUGCCGCGAAGGCGCACUCGCGGGCAUGGUGCAGCGGGUCAAGCCCUACCACGAGCGCUACGUCGGGCAAAUCCGGAGAGGCCGCUGGGAGGGCCGCGGUCGGCUCGUCUACAGCGCCGACGAUCCGCGGGGCCGCAUCGACUACGACGGCGAGUUCCGCGCCGGGCGGCGACACGGCAAGGGCAAGCUCCGCUGGCGCAACGGGUGCAUCUACAAGGGCUCGUGGAAGGACGACAUGAUGCAGGGAAACGGAAGCAUGAAGUGGCCCACUGGGCAAGUGUACAAGGGCGGGUGGGAGAACAAUCAGAUGCACGGCGAGGGAGUGAUGACGUGGCAGAAUCCGCAGGUGCGCUACGUCGGUUCGUGGUGGAACGGCAAGCGAUACGGUCAAGGCAGGAUCACCUUCGCCGAGGACGAUGAAGCCGAGCGAGUGCACUACGAAGGUUGGUGGCAAAACGACAGGAAGGAGGGAUGGGGCGAGAUGGUGUGGAAGUCGGGCUCGCACUACCAGGGCGAGUGGAAAUCGGGGCUGAGGGACGGCUUCGGUGUCCACACCUUCCACAACGCUGACAAAUACGUGGGCCAGUGGACCAAGGACAAGCGCACGGGCAAGGGGGAGCUGCAGUUCGCCAACGGAGACAAGUUCGAAGGCGAGUGGGUGGAGGACAAGAAGCACGGCAAAGGCGUCUACACCUACGCUCACGGCCGCAUCCGCCACGAGACCUGGCAACAAGGGUGCCGAGUGGAGGACCCUAAGCAAAAGUUCAUGGUACAAUCGUUGGUCGUGUUGUGCGUCGAGUACGUGGGGAGCAACCCGGAGCUGCUACUAGCGGACAAGAGAUCUAUGUCCUCGAAAAGGAGGACUAGCGUGAGUGGCAUGAGCAAGAUGGUGAUGGAUCUGGUGACGAGCCACGGAGCUCGCUCCAAGAGCACGGAGAAGGACGCCUCUGAACGCGACGCCGGAGACUGGGAGCCGAGCAGCGAUGCGCUCGCCCAGCUCGACGACAACACCACGUCUGGAAGCGCCAGCGGCAAGGAGCGCAGAGCUUCUUUCCAAGCCAGGCAGCUGGUGGACCCGGGCUAUGCCCUGGAGAGUGCCGCCACAAGAUCUAUGCUGUCUUCUUCAUCUUCAUCGUCGACCAGUACGUCUGCGUCGAAGCGAAGGCGGAGCAAGAGAGGGUCGACCCCCGGCCCGGUGCUGCCCCAAGAGAUGAUGGUGCUCGUGGAGGCCUACAUGCAGAGGAUCGCGCAGAGGAAGCGGGUCGAGCAGGAGUCGCAGAACCAGAAAAAGGACCGGGAGAGGGCUGGCAGACGGCGGAUCGCCAGCUGCCUCGUCCAGUGA